UAUGCUAAAAUAUCUAAUAAACGUAAUGCUAGUCUACCAAAGUGGGCAAUCGAAUAACUCAUUCCUUGGUACCUGAAAAAACGUUAUAUUAAAAAAAAGGAUAUAUUUAAAAAAAAAAAGCUGUUUCUUAUUUGAGUUAUCUUUCACAUCGUUCGUACUAGCUAAAUUGUGAAAGCCAGCUUUACGCGCGCUUCUAACAUAAACAUUGAAGGGAAAGGGCGACUUUUCUGGCGUAGUGUAUGUGCUUGUUUAUCAGCAAAAUCAGCUGAUUCGGAGCUUAAUACAGUGGCUAGAAGUUCUAUACAUACCGCUUUACAACUGUUUGUCCGUUAGGAGGACAUUUACAUAGGUGUUCGGCAAUGAUUUUGUCGAAAUUUCGGUACCAACAGGCAGCGAAACUACUAUCAAAAUCCUCUAUACGCCAAGCUGUUGGUCGAAGCUGUUACGACAAAUCCAGGGAAAAUGUUAUCAGAUUGCCGAAGGUUUCACCUACCCUUCGAUUUAUUUCAGGGGUGGCGCUCACAGCCACGUUAAGUUAUAAAUUAUCAAUCAGUGUCAAGGUUGCAGACUGCAAGAGAAAGACUUGGGCAGUACGAGAAGACGACCACAACCGAGAGUUCAAUUGGACCUUAUUCUUACGGUUUCUGGCCCCAGAAAGCUGCAUGAUGAUUAUAGCAAUUGUGAGUUCGUUGGCAGUAGCCGUAAUCAACAUUAUGAUAGCGACUUAUCUAGGGGAUAUUAUAUCUGUAGUUGCGGAAUACACGCGAGAAGGACUCCAGGUGACGCGUGGGUCCUUUUUUGAGGCUGUCCGGGGUCCUGCUGCACGGCUGGUCGCGAUCUAUACCGCUCAGGGUAUCUUUACUUGGAUAUACCUGUGGUCGCUAUCGGACGUCGGCGAAGGCCUGUCGUCGCGUCUCCGGGCAGCUUUGUUCAAAUCUAUCCUUCAGCAGGACAUAGCGUAUUUUGAUGCCACGAAAACUGGUGAGAUCAUGAAUAUAUUGAGUGGAGAUGUUCAAGAAUUCAAGAGUUGUUUCAAGCUGCUCGUAUCGCAAGGUCUUCGUAAUAUAGUGCAGACGAUAGGUUGUGCGAUAAAACUGUAUGCAGUCUCCCCAAAGAUGACCGGCUUCAUGCUUAUCAUUGUCACUAGUAUUGUAACGUUCGGUACUAUUCUUGGGUCCGAACUACGAAGGUUGUCCACACUCGCACAAGCUCAGAUGGCGCAUGCGAUUGGUGUAGCGGAUGAAGCGGUGGCGAACAUCCGCACCGUCCGAGCUUUCGCCAUGGAAGACAUCGAACAGUCACAUUUCAGCAAUGAACUUAUGCGAGCGGAAUAUCUCAACGUCAGAACGGGAUUCUGGAUCGGAGGAUUUCAGGCACUUUCUAAUAUCGCUAUGAACGGCAUCACACUAGGAAUUAUCUUUAUGGGCGGAAAAUUAAUGGGCGAUGGUGAAAUAACACCAGGAAACUUCAUGAGUUUUAUGGUGGCCGCACAAAUGAUACAGAGGUCGCUUGGUCAGGUAUUCGUGCUGUUUAGUCAGUACGUGAAGGCUAAGGCGUGUGGGGCUCGCGUCCUUGACAUGAUUGCAAUGAAGUCCAUAAUCCCUCUACGAGGUGGUGCAGUGAUUCCUGAGGAUUAUUUUAGCGGCGAGAUUCGACUGCGUAACGUCACGUUUGCGUAUCCCACACGGCCAGAUCAAAACGUCGUUGAUCAUCUUAGCCUAAAUAUCCCACCUGGUAAGGUGGUCGCUCUCUGCGGCAGCUCUGGUUCGGGGAAAAGCACAGUCGCUGCUCUGAUUGAAAGGUUUUAUGACGUAAAUAGUGGUGAAGUGUUGAUCGAUGGAGUGAACAUUAAACACUUGGAUGGUCAUUGGCUGCGUGGAUCCGCCAUCGGCUCUAUUUCACAAGAACCUGUACUGUUCGCCUCAUCAAUCCUUGAAAAUAUCCGCUACAGCCGCCCUAGCGCCACAGAUGAAGAGGUAAUGGAAGCGGCCAAGCUAGCAAAUGCUCACGACUUUAUCAUGUCGUUUGAGAAAGGCUACAAUACUCAAGUAGGCGAACGCGGCGUUACUAUUAGUGGAGGCCAAAGACAGCGAAUUGCAAUUGCACGCGCCCUCCUCAAAAACCCGCAGAUUCUGAUCCUAGACGAGGCAACAAGUGCUCUGGACACCCAGUCUGAAAAAAUGGUACAAGAGACUCUCGACCGAAUCGUCAAGGGAAAAACAGUACUUGUGAUUGCUCAUAGACUUAGCACCAUUCGUAACGCUGAUAUCAUCUACGUCCUGCGAAACGGAAAAGUUGUUGAGAGUGGCGAUCACGCAACGCUCACGUCGCUGAAAGGGGUAUACUGGAGACUAGUACAAGAACAAGUACAAGAUAACCCAAUGGAAUCGGAAAGCAAAUCAUUUUUUGGCAGAUCUUCAGGAUAAGCACUUUUUAUUUCACUAAUUAUUUGCAGUUUAAACCAUUUAAAUAGGAAGAUAGACAAAGUAUUUUUUGGUUAAUAUUUCGUAGAAUUUCAGUUCUCUCAUGUAAACGUAAAAUGUCAUCCAGGAUCAUAGUGUUGAUGUUUAGAAGACCAAGUCGCAAAGAGAAAUAGCCCAUGAACGCGUCACAUGGAUCGUAUGUAGCUUCAUUUUACGUCACGUGUAGGAUUAUACGAAGGAUUGUUUGGGAUGUGCAUUACUCAGCCUUUAUUAUUAAAUUUCUAGCCAUUUAUAUUACCCAUAUUUGUUGGCAGUAUGUUUUAUAGUAUUCAUAUUUACCUGGUUUAUGUUUGUUAUUUACUGCUUGAGCGGGAAAUUUGAAUUUCUUUAGAUUCAGAAUAAACUGAGAUGGUAGCAUAAUCUUAAAAUUGA